GUUGGUGGAACAUGCGGAUAGUCCAAGCGAAUGUUUACAGCAGCAUUUUGCCUGUGAGCCGCAUCGGAACAAGUUGUGUUGAUAGGAGUGAUUAUUAAAAGCAAAAUAUUUUCGUUCUGGCGUUACGAUUAUUUAGACACUCUACGAAAAUGAAGUGAUGUAUACUGUGCAAACUGAAGCAGCUGUUGACCAAAGAUUAAGUUAAGUUGAUGUGUUUCAGCUAAUUAUCCGAUGUCAAAUACUAUUUAGGAGAAAUCGAAUGCAUUUUGUGGUCAGACAUGGAGCGAAUUUUGCGAGGAGUGAUGCGAUACCGGAACACUACCCGUGAGCAGAUGGUGAAGGAAUUCCAAAAAGUGCGAGACAAUCCACAGCCAAAAGCGGUGUUCUUCACCUGCAUGGACAGCCGAAUGAUUCCAACACGUUACACGGAUACGCACGUGGGCGACAUGUUUGUGGUGCGAAAUGCCGGGAAUCUUAUCCCGCACGCCGAACACUUUCAGGACGAAUACUUUAGCUGUGAACCGGCAGCCCUGGAAUUGGGCUGUGUGGUUAACAAUAUCAAGCACAUCAUUGUCUGUGGUCACAGUGACUGCAAGGCGAUGAAUCUGCUGUAUCAGUUGCGGGAUCCAGACUUUGCGUCAAGGAAAAACCGCCGAAUAUCACCACUGCGAGCGUGGCUCUGCGAACAUGCUAACACCAGUUUGAGCAAAUUUCAAAAUCUCAAACAGGUGGGUCUGGAUAAACCGUUGAUUUUCUCGUCGGAAACACCGCUGCGCAAGUUUGUGGCAUACAUCGAUCCGGAGAAUCAGUUCGCCAUCGAGGAUAAACUGUCGCAGGUGAACACGUUGCAGCAGAUCGAAAAUAUCGCUUCGUACGGGUUUCUCAAAAAGCGUCUCGAAUCACAUGACCUGCACAUUCACGCCUUAUGGUUCGACAUUUAUACGGGCGAUAUUUAUUUCUUUAGUAGGAAUUCGAAACGGUUCAUUCCGAUCGAUGAAAAUACCAUAGAUAAACUGCUAGAAGAGGUUAGGCGGUUUUAUUCGUAAAGUCUGGGACUAUUAGGGGUUAUAUUUUUUGUUGCAUUUAAGAUAUUUAAAUCGACUGUCUUCCAUAUAUGCAAGAAAUAUAUUUCAGAAAAAAAGAUAUUUUUAGAGAUAAGAAAAUAUAUACUCAUAAUACUAUAUAGUUUCUGAUAAUCUGAAUCAUUAGAAAGAACAACGUUCGGUCCUGAAUUCUAUAACAAUAUCGACAGAAUUUGAAUUUACCAUAGCUACCAUUUGUAUAUGUGGAUGUUGCUGAUAAUGUUUGAAUCAUUAAUAUGAUGUUCGUGAAAUUUGACAGAGCGAUAUCUAUGCACUAUCUUUAUUUUUAUACAAUACUAAGGAUUGCUUUUUGAUUACAGAGAAAGUUUUUGUUUUACAUUU